AUGAAGGGCCAGUUGACCCAACUUAUUCAGCAGUUUAGUGCAACAGUUGACACAGAUGGAACACUAUGCCCGAUCAUUAUUACUGACGGUGAUAUCCUGCAGCAAAAGGUAGAUCAGCAGAAGUGGGAAGAAGUUGUGCAACUCAUGGAAGAUAUUUUAGAAGCUCUUGGGCAGAGAGAGGCAUAG